AUGACAUGCUCCAUCCGGCUUGCAAAACAACAUGCGAGGAAGGUUGUCAAGGAGCUGGGCUUCUCAACGGGCCUGAUCUACCUGCCGGGUGAGCCUACGAGGGCUUUCGAGGACUCUGAUGUUGAAGUGCCGUUUCGCCAGAGGAGGUACUUCUACUAUCUGUCUGGUGCCAACUUUCCAGGUUGCGCCGUGACAUAUGAUAUUGGCAAUGAUUUGCUCACGCUCUGGAUUCCAUACGUCGACCCAACACAGAAGCUAUGGCAUGGCUCGACGCCAAGUAUAAAGGACUGCUUGACUAGUUAUGAAGUCGACCAGGUGCAGUACAUUGCCAACCUGGAGAAGUAUCUCUAUCUUACGCUGGGACCGACGUCUAUCAUGUAUGUCCUGAACGCCAACCAGGGUCCGCCGCCACGCACUCGGCCGGGCCGCGGGCCUCUUCACAUCGACACCAACAAGCUGCGGCCUGCUAUAGAUGCCGCCCGCGUGGUCAAGAGCGAUUACGAAGUGGCGAUGAUUCGCAAGGCAAACGCUGUAUCAAGCGCUGCACACAAGAUGAUCCUGCAGCGCAUGAAGAGCAUUACCAACGAGCGCGAGAUCGAGGCCGUUUUUACCGGCUUCUGCAUCGCCAAUGGCGCCAAGCAGGCUUACCCUGUGAUUGCGGGCUCCGGCCCCAACGCAGCAAGUCUGCACUAUGGCGCCAACAACGAGGCGCUCGAGGGCCGGCAACUGGUCGUCCUGGACGCGGGCGCCGAGUGGGACUGCUACGCGUCUGAUGUCACGCGCACGCUGCCCAUCGGCGGCAAGUUCGCAAGCCCCGAGGCCGAGGCCGUGUACGCGGUCGUGGAGCGCAUGCAGACCGAGUGCGUGGACCGCAUCAAGCCGGGCGUCGUCUACUACUCGCUGCACCUGCACGCCGCCAUGGUGGCGGUGGUCGAGCUGCUGAGGCUGGGCAUCCUGACGGGCGGGACGGCGCGCGAGAUCUUCGCCGCGGGCACGGUGGCCGCCUUCUUCCCCCAUGGCCUGGGCCACCACGUCGGGCUGGAGGUGCACGACGUCAUGGGCCGGGAGCGGUUGCUGCUUGGCGAGAAGGGGGUGCAAGGCGCCGGCGCCGGCGGGCCCGGGCGACUCGGACGCAGGCUGGGCAAGCGGGAGAUGUUCACGCCGGAGCUGCUCGUGCGCAUGGCGCGGGACGCGGUCACGACGCCGCCGCCGUACAAGGGCCGGCAGAAGCUGGAGAAGAACAUGAUUGUCACCAUCGAGCCUGGCAUUUAUUUCUGCCGCGAGUACAUCGAGUCGUACUUCCUCAAGAGCCCUGUUCAUGCCAAGUUCAUCGACAAGGAGAUCCUGGAGCAGUACUAUCCGGUCGGCGGCGUUCGCAUCGAGGACUGCAUUUUGGUAACGGAUGACGGACAUGAGAACUUGACAACCGCACCGAAGGCUAAGGAGGCCAUGGCGAUCAUGAACGGUGAAGGCUUCUAA